ACCGCCAUCAGCGGAAUUAGUUAAUUUCCAUUCAAAUGAGCUCAUAGCUGGCCACAUCCCACACCCACGGCCAUGUAUCCCGGGGGAGAACAACUCCACCAUGGUUGCAUGUAUACAGGGAACUCUGCGUGGCUCCUUAUCAAUCAUUGCUGAAUUUAUCGACAUAUACGGAAUUUUUAAUGCUUAUCCAGAAAUCAAAGUUGACAGGGAAAAAGCUGGAUUGUGAGUGCCCCCAUCCACCAUCCUCCAUUCUCCAUUCUCCGUUCGCCGUGCUCCGUCCUCCAUCGCACUGUCUCUGUUGUGGCCAACCGCUGAUAUGGCGACGGUCCCUCGGCAGCGUCGCUCCGUUUUUCAAGCUGGCUGGCUAGUUGGGUCAGUUGUUCCGCGCCAGCCGUCGGGCGACAACAAUGACCACUCGACGACGACGCCAACGUGACAGAAUUUAUCGAUUUUCGUCAAUCCCAGUGGAGGAGCGCUAGGAGCAGCAGUCAAGCAAAAGUCCAGCCUCGCAGACCCACAGGGUCGGAUUAACGGCCUUCACAUGAGCAUGCUGGGAUUUGUCUACCUCGUUCUCAUCCUGGGCUGGAUACUGAUCGUCUUGUUCCUGAAGUGCAAAAAGUCCUUGGCUGCUCCAUUUCGGUUUGGCGAAAACUACACCGAUGCCAUCGCCGAUACGGAACGUCGACCAUCGGUGCACGUUAUCCAGUUGCAGCACGAUGAUGUGGAACGCGAGGAUCACUAUAUGAACAAUUUUCACCAGAACACGGAGAAUCUGCAGCGCUACUCGCAUCGCUCGCAACGUUCUACGCUGGAGGAGCGCACCAUCGAGCGGACGUAUCCCACGGAUGCGGUGAUAAAUCCUGCCUACAUGCACGACGAGGACUACGUGAUCAAUGCACCUCCGCCGUCCUACGAGGAGGUAAUGCGCCAGCCGCAGGUGUAUCCACAGGUGCGCCACAACAACCACAAGAUCAGCGAUGCUGACAUAUAGCCUAGUUAACCCGAUUAUCAAAUUGUAAAUAUGCGUACUUUGUCCUG